ACAGGCAUGAGCCACAGUGCCUGGCAGACACCUCAUUUUUUAAAAAUAACGUUAGAAUGAGAUUACGUCGCAAAGGUGCUCGACCCAACCAGAUACGUCGUAGGUGUGCAGUAAAUGGAGUUCCUAUUCACUUCCUUAGCAGUCCUGCAUUCUGACUUCUUUCCUAUUAUUCACGACACGGACUCCACAGCCUUGAGAAUAAAAGGUUUUGCUCAUUCCAGCCCUUCAGGACCCAGUUAUUUCAGACCUGCACAGGCUGACUUCGUCUUGGUUGGUUGUGGAGCCUGGCUGACUGCUGGCCACUGGGAAACAUGAGGGUUGCCAAGACCCUGAGAGCAGAGAGUGUGUGGUCCAUUGUCAAAGAGCCAGAGGGACACAGGGGACGGUCACCACGGGCCAUGCACGGUAAUGCACAGGGCAGUUAUUACUCAUGAUUGAUGCUCACGAGCCAAGCCUAAUGUGUGGCACACUCCCCAUACCACACACAGACACAAACAUUUGCCUGGCUCGCAUGGGCCAGGAUGAGGAUGCCAUUUCUACCUGGGAGGAGCCACGUGACCAGGCCUUCUCAGCAGCCUCCACUGGUGUCAGAAGGAACAGGGCAUUUGGUUAUUGCCGGUCUGCUUUUCCAGGACUAGCAUCCACAGAAGAUGGGGUCCACUGCCAACAUGUGAAGAUGCAGGAGGUGAGCCCCUCAUUCCAGAGCCAGAGGAUGUGGCCAGCUUCCCCCUCUCAUCUUCAACCUGGGCUAAUGACAGCUGGCAGAUGCUUGGCCAUGAUGACAGGUGUUUGUCGAAGAUGUAUUUUUACCCUCUGGACAAACGGCAGUUGGCAGGAGUGGGGCGUUUUUAUGAGUCGAGGUACUCAGGGCUGGAAAAUAAACAGUCAGUUAAUGAGCCGGUCUUAUGGAAACUGGCAUAAAUAAUAACAAAGAAAGCAUCCUGUCCCUCAUGCGUGGGUGAGGGGAUAUAAAAGCUGCAGCUGGCUGGCCACGGUCAGUCUUGGGGAACUCCGGCUGCGUUACUGACCUGCGAGCUGACCAGCUGGGAUCAUGGGGUGCUGCCCUGGGGACUGCUUCACCUGCUGCACUCAGGAGCAAAACUGCUGUGAAGAGUGCUGCUGUCAGCCAGCCUGCUGUGGCUGUUGUGGCUCCUGCUGCGGCUGUGGGGGCUCUGGCUGCGGGGGCGGCUGCUGUGGAUCGUCCUGCUGUGGAUCUGGCUGCGGGGGUGGAGGCUGCGGAGGCUGCGGAGGCUGCGGAGGUGGCUGCUGCGGGUCCAGUUGCUGUGGGUCCAGCUGCUGCGGGUGCUGUGCACCUGUGUGCUGCCAGCCCACACCUGUAUGCGACACAAAAUGAAGACCUCUCCCUCCACCACUGAUGCGGUCCCACCAAAAGCCUCCAUCUGCUCCAGGGGGACAGCCCCUUGUGUCCAGAACCUUCCUUGUCCUCAAGACCGUGUCUUGCCUUUUGUGUGAUUUGUAGAGGAGGGCUUGUUCUCCAAUGCCUGUCCUGGUCUUUCGAGGCACUGAGAACAAAAGCCAUACUCUGAUGAGACUUUAAAACUGGGUCACCACAUAGUGAUCCCUAAGCUCAAGGGUGAAUCCCCAUGACUUUAUUUAUUCACAUGAAGUUCAGUGUCUUGUACUAUAAGGCAUCCUCUUCUCCAACGUGUCUUUGGGACCGAUCCUCUGCCCUGGCUUUCUGCUGCCUUUGAGAUGCAAAAAAAGCCCACCUUCUUUGUGAGCCUCUUAAUAAAUUUGAGCAUGCUGGCAUAA